AUGUCUCCGCGUCUCCCCGUCCUCCUGCUGCUGACCCUGGCCUGCCUGGCCCGGCUCGGCUCAGCUAAGCCGGCGGACGGCCAGGCCGAGCUGAAGGAGAUGCGGGCCACCCUGAUGGAGCUGCAGGCCGAGAGGCGAGGUGAGUCCCCCCCGCUCGCGCCUGUUGCAGCCAUGAGUGAACGUCUGGACGCAGCUGAGAGGGAACUGACGAGAGUCAAAGAGGUGCCUAAAAUUGCAUUCGCCGCCUCGCUGGGAGGAAACGGGCUCGUGAAGACGACGUCGGGCAACAAAGACCUCGUCUACAGGGAGGUCUUGACCAACGUGGGCGGGGCUUACAACGCCGCGACAGGUGUGUUUACGGCCCCGAUUCGUGGCGUCUACUACAUCCGCUUCACGGCCAACGGUCCCACCGACUUCCCCAAGAGCGCCGUCCUCUACAAGAACGACGUCGAGAUCCAGCUGAUCGCCCACGAGCAGCAGUCCGGCGAGGGCAGCGACACGGCGUCCAACGGCGCCUCCCUGAUGCUGGAGAAGGGCGACCGGCUGAAGAUGGUGCUGUGGCACAACACUCAGAUCUGGGACAACAGCAACCACCACAGCACCUUCAGCGGCUUCCUGCUGUUCCCCAUGUGA